AUGAAUCUCAUGACAGCUCAGAGAAUCACCCACGCAAAAAGGAGAAGCAGACAGACACACGCAAACUUCUUGGCCCGUCACCUGGAGAGGAAGGAACAGGGCACCGCUGGAAGGAACGGGACACCGCUGGCUUCACACACCCACACAAUCCCUGGCCUGGCACUGCUGCCUUCAGCAGGGCGAGUCGCAUUGUCGGCGGAACAGCCUCCUCGAGGGAAGUCGACCGACCUGCUGCCUGCUUCUUGCCUCUUGGACUUCGCAGUUGCCCAAGAGCUCGGGCUGGGGUCCGGGCAUCCUGCCUCUCCUUUGCUCCCCCUCCCUACGCUGACUCCCCUCCCACCCUGCCCUAGAGGGCCGCCCCCUGGCCCCUAUUCCCGCUCCGAGCUGCUACACCUCAAUCUUUCGGACAGCUGUGUUUCUGGACUGGCAGCCUACCCUUGGAGGACUGGCCACCGGCAGAGAAUCCUGGAUCUAGCCCUCCUCUCCGCAGCCGGCUCUAACUCCCUGGUCCCCUCCAUACCCCUGAGACCUUCGGCCUCUGGCACCCGGCUGCCCCCCUCUUGCUAUUGCCGCCCCCCCCGCCCCAAAGAACUCUGGGGCCCUGCCUGCCCCGAUGCCAUGGCUCCCCCGACCGCUCCGACCCCCGGGGUGCCCUCUAUCCCCGACCUCCCCAACGGCGGCUGCAGCAACAUCACCCUCCUGCGUGAAGACGGCGACCCGGUGGUGAGCUCCCUGAUGUUCGCCGCCGGCGUGGUGGGCAAUGUGGCGGCCCUGGCCAUCCUGGGGGUCCACCGGAAGGAGCUGCGGACCAAGACGUCCUCCUUCGCCAUCCUGGUGACCGGCCUGGCCCUCACGGACCUGCUGGGCACCUGCUUCCUCAGCCCCGUGGUCUUCGUGGCCUACUCCCGCAACGCCACCUUGCUGGGGAUGGCGGAGGGCGGGGAGCUGCUGUGCGACCUCUUCGCCUUCGCCAUGAUGUUCUUCAGCCUGGCCCGCCAUGAUGAUCCUGUGCGCUAUGGCGGUGGGAGCGGUGCCUGGGCCAUCAGCUGCCCCUACUUCUACUCCCAGCACAACAUCCGCCGGUGGACCAAGGCUUCGCUGCCCUUCAUCUACGCCCUCAGCACUUUCUUCUGCGCCUUGCCUUUCUUGGGCUUCGGGAAGUACAAGCAGUACUGCCCGGGGACGUGGUGCUUCGUCUACAUGGACAAGCGUCACGACGCGGCCUUCUCGCUCUCCUACGCCACCUUCAUGGCCCUCCUCAUCCUGGCCAUCUUCCUCUGCAACGCCCUGGUGAGCGUCAGCCUCUGCCAGAUGUACCUCAAGCAGAAGGCGCGCCGGCGCGGCUCCGUCAACGUGGCCCAGCGCCGGCGCAAGAGCUGGUUCAGCCGCGGCGAGGAGGAGGUGGACCACCUGGUCUUGUUGGCGCUCAUGACCGUCAUCUUCGUCAUCUGCUCCCUGCCGCUCACGAUCCGAGCCUACAUUGGCGGCAUCUCCCCCGACGGCCAAGAGACCCAGGACAUGCUGGCCUUCCGCCUCAGCGCGCUCAACCCCAUCGUGGACCCCUGGCUCUUCAUCAUUUUCCGCAACUCCGUCUUCCGCAGCAUGAGAGACUUCUUCUGCUGCCGCCUGGGCUGGUUCUCUUUGCCCAGCCGGCGGAAGGCCUCGGACAAGGUGGGAAUGCGAGAAGGCCUCUCUUUCCAAGACAACUGCGUCUGAGGACAGCGGAAGUC